AUGGCGGUCGAGAAGUCACCAACUGGUUCGGAUUCUGCACACCAUCGUCAAAAGCCCCCUGAAACAGAAGUCAUGGCCAAUGACUUGAAGCCUAAAAUGACCGAGCACAUUUCCCCGAUGAAGGCAUUCAUCCGCAUUUUCCAGCAUGGUACUCUCAAAACGCAUCUUCUACAGAUCGUGGCUUUCAUUGCAGCUUGCGGUUCCGGCGUUUCCCUUGCGAUGGUCAACCUGGUGCUAGGCAACUUCAUCACGUUGUUGAGCAACUUCAGCACCGGCAACGGAAUUCCGGACAGCUUCAUGUCCCAAGUAUCCAAGUACUCAUUGUAUUUUGUGUACAUCGGCAUUGCCCGUUUUGUUCUCAUAUACGUCUACUCCACGGCCAUGACUUACGCCGCUCUCGUCAUAGGCCGCAAUAUGCGCCACGAAUAUGUGCGCUCCGCGCUGCGUCAAGACAUGAGCUUCUUCGACCGCGGCAGCGCAGGGUCCAUUUCCAUGCAAGCUGUCUCCAACGGUAAGCUGGUUCAAACUGGCAUCUCUGAGAAGUUGGGCCAGAUGAUCCAAGCUCUGGCGACAUUCAUCGCUGCGUUCGUGAUUGCAUUCGUCAGCCAAUGGAAGCUCACGCUCAUCUUGCUCUGCAUCGUUCCUGCACUGAUGAUCAUGGUCGGAACCGCGGGAGCAAUCGACGCAGGGAUCGAGACAAACAUACUCAAGGUCUAUGCUCAGGCAGGCGCCUACGCCGAGUCGUCCCUUGGCAACAUCAGAGCAAUCAAGGCCUUCAAUCUCGCUCCGAGAAUCGUGAGCCGAUAUUCCAAGUUUCUGGGUGAAGCUCAAACUUUGGGACGCAAAAAGAGCCCUCUGUACGGUUUCCUCUUUGCCGGCGAGUACUUUGUCAUGUUCGCGGGCAUGGGUCUCGCAUUCUGGCAGGGGAUUGGAAUGAUGGCCCGCGGCGAGGUCGAUAGCAUCGGUACCGUUUUCACUGUCCUCUUCUCCGUCGUCAUUGCGGGGGCCAUGCUCAACACCGUGGCUCCCAACAUGGUGAUAUUCACGAGAGCCGCCACUGCAGCAUCGGAACUGUUCAUCCUCAUUGACAGAGCGUCAGAGAUGGAUUCUCUGGGCCCCGUUGGUGCGAAGCCUUCCCAGUUGGACGGCCGCAUCGACAUACGUGCAGCCUCGUUCAGUUACCCGACUAGACCGAACAUCAUGGUAUUAGACAACUUUACGUUGCACAUUCCCGCCGGCAAGGUGACAGCAUUGGUUGGACCCAGCGGCUCUGGAAAGAGCACAAUUGUAGGACUUCUGGAAAGAUGGUACGACCCGGUCUGCGGCGAGAUUACUCUCGACGGAACACCCAUCAGCCAUCUGAAUCUUCAGUGGCUUCGUACGAAUGUGCGACUAGUGCAGCAAGAGCCUGUCUUAUUUAGCGGUACCAUCUUCGACAACAUAUGCAAUGGCCUUGCUGGAACGCCAUGGGAACAUGAGCCGCACCAAGCUCGUCUGAGUAGAGUCAAGGAGGCUGCCAAGACGGCAUUUGCCCACGACUUCAUCGAGGACCUUGCUCAAGGCUACGACACGCCCAUCGGCGAGAGAGGAAGCCUGCUUUCCGGUGGCCAGAAACAGCGAAUCGCCAUUGCUCGCAGCAUCGUUUCCAGCCCCAGGAUCCUUCUUCUCGACGAGGCCACGAGCGCGCUCGACCCGCAAGCCGAGACCUUGGUGCAAAGAGCGCUCGACGCGGCGUCGAGGAACCGGACGACGAUCGUUAUCGCGCACAAGCUCAAGACCAUCCAAGCGGCGGAUAACAUCGUGGUCAUGAAGCAGGGGAGGAUCGUGGAGCAGGGGAGGCACGACGAGCUCGUCGCCCGUCGUGGAGUCUACGCAGAUCUGGUGACGGCUCAGCUCCUGUCCCCCAGGAACGCUCUCGCUGUUUCUGAAGAUGACGAGAAUGUUGAAAAGCAAGCCGAGUCGGAGUCCGAGCCCGAGUAUGCUCGAAAUAUGCGACAGGACCCUGUCUCGAGAGCUCGCACAAACUCACCGAGCGAGCGAGAGAACUACACUCUCCAUUUGGGCUCUGGUAUCGUCUCAACAGCUGCAAGGCUCGUCAGAACUGCACCCGAUCUGAAGUGGUGGUAUGCGCUCUCUCUCCUGAGCUGCGUUGCUGGAGCCGGCGUGUAUCCCGGCCAAGCGCUGCUUCUCGGCAAGGUCAUGGACGUCUUCAACCCAAGACUCGAUGAAGCGCGCGGUAAUUUCUUCGCGCUGAUGUUCUUCGCCAUGGCCGUCGGCCUCUUACUUGUCUACAUGGCCAUGGGCUGGACAAGCAACCACAUCGCUCAGACGUACGGCCAUGACGUGAGACAGCAAAUGCUGGCUGCUUACCUUCGGCAAGACCUCAGCUUCUUCGGCCGGCCCGAGAACACGGUAGGAUCCUUGACAAGCCAACUCGAUGCGAACGCGCAAUCCAUCUUCGAGCUGAUGGGCUUCAACGUUGCCAUGAUUCUUCUCUCGAUCAUCACGGUGAUUUCCUGCGCAGUCCUUUCGAUUGUGACUUCCUGGAAGCUCGGCCUCGUUGGUGUUCUCGCUGGCAUACCGUCCAUGAUCUUGGGGGGAUACGUACGCAUCAGAAUCGAGGCCAAGAUGGACGCCAUCGUCGAGUCAAGGUUCUCCAAGAGCGCUUCCAUCGCAUCCGAGAGCCUGACGACUAUGCGUACCGUUUCAUCGCUCGCAAUCGAAGGCCAUGUUCUGCGCCGUUACACCGACGAGCUGGACACUGCCAUCUCCAACUCAACGCUUCCACUCCUGUCUAUAAUGCUUUUCUUUGCAUUCACGCAGUCGGUCGAGUUCUUUGUACUGGCUCUAGGCUUCUGGUGGGGGUCCAGGCUCAUUUUCCUGCAAGACGUGGACUUUUAUCAAUUCAUCGUCUCUUUCAUGAGCGUGUACUUUUCCGGUCAGGGCUGUGCAACAAUGCUCACAUUUGCAAGCAGUAAGUGCAAGUCCAUACAAGAAGCCCACGUCGGCCUCGGUCGAGCAGAGCAUACUCAUCACAUUACCGGUGCAGGUUUUACCAAGGCGAAUGCCGCCGCCAACUACUUUUUCUGGCUCUCCGACCUGCAGCCGACCAUCCGGCAGACGGCAGAAAACGAGCAGGCGGCCCCCAGGAACGGCUGUCGCUCGUACGAGCUACAGGACGUGCAUUUCGCGUACCCUCUGGCACCCGAGCAACCCGUGCUCCAGGGGAUCUCCUUGCGCAUCGACCGCGGCGAGUUUGUCGCCUUUGUGGGAGCGUCCGGAUGCGGCAAGAGCACCAUCAUCUCCCUCCUGGAGCGCUUCUACGACCCCGUCCGCGGCUCCAUCACCAUCGACCAGUCCGCCGACCUUGCCGCGCUGAACCCCCUGCGGUACCGGCGCGCCGUCUCGCUGGUGCAGCAGGAGCCCACGCUGUUCCCCGGCAGCAUCCGGGACAACGUCGCCAUGGGCAUCGACGACGACGACGGUCACGGCCACGGUCACGGUUCGGAAGCCGACGGGGCCAUCGAAGCGGCGUGCCGGGCCGCCAACGUCUGGGACUUUGUCAGCUCCCUCCCGGACGGACUCGGCACCCCCUGCGGGCCGGGCGGCGCGCAGCUCUCGGGCGGGCAGCGGCAGCGGAUCGCGAUCGCGCGGGCGCUGGUCCGGGACCCGCGGGUGUUGCUGCUGGACGAGGCCACCAGCGCGCUGGACACGGAGUCGGAACGCGUCGUGCAGGCCGCGUUGAUGGAGGCCGCGCGCGGUGGCGACCGGAUCACCAUUGCGGUGGCCCAUCGCCUGUCCACAGUCACCAAGGCUGAUCGCAUCUUUGUAUUUUCCAGCGGCAGGAUUGUCGAGAUGGGCACACACGCAGAGUUGCUUGCACAGGGAGGUCAGUACGCCAAGAUGUGCGAGGCGCAAAACCUUGGUGGGCCGUUUUGA